AUGUGGAUUCUCUGGCCGGAAGAGGUGAAGGUUGACCUGCUCGGCCAUUUCUUGUCGGGGACAGCGAAAUGCUACUACCACAAGCAAGCGGACACGUGGUGGACGCAGCAACCGACGCUCGGCUACGUCAUGUGUCAGCUGUUGGCGACGUCUUAG